UUGUAAAUUUUUCUUCCACUAACUUAUUAAUUAUUUCACCCAUUUGCUUUAUUUCCCUGCAAUUGUACACCCAUGUGGGAAACUUAAAUUUAGGGUUUUGUGCUGAAAAGUAGCAGUUCAGCAAAAGCUAGUCUGCCACAAACUCUAUGGAAGAUCCAUAUCGACGUACCUACGUUGUCGGGAAAAUGUAGUGACCUUUUGACAAAUACAAUCAAUUCCAUACACACGGGAUUCAUGUCCCUUGUGUGGCCACCAAGUCCGCCACAGACUCCAAAUUCCAAAUUGCAAAGUGAUUCCAUGAGCGCAUCCAACGAUUACGUAACCUGCUCAGAUUCAUGAAAGCACUUUGAUUACCAUUUAAUACGCGCUUUUUUGUGGACGCCGCCAUUCUGAAAUCGAAUAUAGAGAAGCUUGGAAUCCAAGAGCACAAGGAGAAAGAAGAGGAUCGGCCUGACUGGUACUGGUGCCUAGGGUUUUGGGGUUAAGAGUGAAGAGGAAAAAUGUGUGGAAUACUCGCAGUGUUGGGUUGCAUUGACACGUCACAAGCCAAACGAGCUCGCAUACUCGAACUUUCCCGAAGGCUAAAGCACAGAGGUCCAGACUGGAGUGGAAUCUCUCACCAUGACAAUUUUUUUCUUGCACAUCAGAGACUGGCCAUAGUGGAUCCAACAUCUGGGGAUCAACCAUUAUAUAAUGAAGACAAAACAAUAGUUGUUACUGUGAAUGGAGAGAUAUACAACCACAAGGAAUUAAGGAAAACAGUACUCAAAUCCCACAAGUUUAGGACUGGGAGUGACUGUGAAGUUAUUGCCUAUCUUUACGAAGAAUAUGGUGAGGACUGCGUUGACAUGUUGGAUGGAAUGUUCUCUUUUGUUCUUGUGGACACUCGUGACAACAGUUUUCUUGCAGCUCGUGAUGCUAUUGGCAUCACACCCCUUUAUACAGGCUGGGGCCUUGAUGGAUCAAUAUGGUUUGCAUCUGAGAUGAAAGCUUUAAAUGAUGACUGUGAACGUUUUGAAUGCUUUCCUCCUGGACAUUUAUAUUCCAGCAAAGCAGGAGGCUAUCGGAGAUGGUACAAUCCCCCUUGGUUCUCAGAAGAUAUUCCAUCAGUUCCAUACAAUCCCUUGGUUUUACGACAAGCAUUUGAGAAUGCUGUUCUGAAAAGGCUUAUGACAGAUGUUCCUUUUGGAGUACUGUUGUCUGGUGGCUUGGAUUCUUCCUUAGUUGCUGCUGUUGCUUCACGCCACUUGGCAGGUACUGAGGUUGCUAAGCAGUGGGGAUCCAAGCUUCACACCUUCUGUGUGGGACUAGAGGGUUCUCCAGAUCUGAAGGCUGCACGGGAGGUGGCAGAUUUCCUAGGUACUCUUCAUCAUGAAUUUCACUUCACCGUGCAGGAGGGCAUAGAUGCAAUUGAGGAGGUCAUCUAUCAUGUUGAAACAUAUGAUGUGACCACAAUUAGAGCUAGCACACCUAUGUUCUUGAUGUCUCGUAAGAUUAAGUCUCUGGGAGUUAAGAUGGUUCUUUCUGGCGAGGGCUCAGAUGAGAUAUUUGGUGGUUAUUUGUAUUUUCAUAAGGCUCCAAACAAGGAGGAGCUUCAUCAUGAAACAUGUCGCAAGAUAAAAGCUCUUCAUCUGUAUGAUUGCUUGAGAGCUAAUAAGUCAACAUCGGCAUGGGGUUUGGAGGCUCGGGUGCCUUUUCUAGACAAGGAGUUUAUCAAUGUUUCCAUGGCAAUUGAUCCAGAGUGGAAGAUGGUUCGACCUGAUCUUGGUCGCAUUGAGAAGUGGGUCCUUCGGAAGGCAUUUGAUGAUGAAGAGAAGCCUUACCUACCAAAACAUAUUUUGUACAGACAGAAAGAACAAUUCAGUGAUGGGGUUGGCUACAGUUGGAUUGAUGGUGUAAAAGCGCAUGCUUCAAAUCGUGUUACUGAUAUGAUGCUGGCAAAUGCAAAAUACAUUUAUCCUGAGAAUACACCUGCCACAAAAGAGGCAUACUAUUACAGGAUGAUUUUUGAAAGAUUCUUUCCCCAGAAUGCUGCACGCUUGACUGUACCAGGGGGGCCUAGUGUGGCAUGCAGCACCGCUAAAGCUUUGGAAUGGGAUGCUGCAUGGUCUAAAAAUCCGGAUCCUUCUGGAAGAGCCGCUUUAGGGGUUCAUGUGGCUGCAUACGAAGAGACUGCAGCUAAUGCAAAUAAUGGCACAGAGGAAGUAUCCGAAGAUGCCCCAAAUAAGAAGCAAAGACUACAGGAAGGUGUUGUAGAAGUUGCGGUUGAGAGUUAAAGAUGCAAACGAAUAAUUGGAAUGCAUUAUUGCAAGCUUUGGUACUUUUCCUGUCUAGGUGAUGUUCCCUGUAGUGAAUGUUGAGAUUCAUUGAAUUGAAUAGAGGCGAAUAUUCUCAUAUUGUAUUCGUUCUCUAGAUUUUAUCAUUGAAAAUUACUCUGCCAGUUCCACCGAUGAAGUUUUUGUUGGGCGUAUAUUCUGGAGAAUACCUGGCUGAUGUAAUUCUAGUUAAUUUGUUCGGAUGUUACAAUUAAGUAUACUGGUUUUUUCCUUGAAAAAAGUAGUUUGUCACUAGAUAUCUUCUGUGCUUAAGAUCUGUUACAAUUUUUUUUUAUCACAGGAGGAUAUGCCAGCUAUCCUUAGCUUGUUUACCCGUAGAAAGCCAAGCACCAUGGAGCCUAUAAAUAUCUCUUACCUACUCGAAUCACCAUGAUGUAAUAGAAUUACUAUAGCUGUUUAAAAGGCUCGCCUUUGUAGUCUUGUAAUUGAA